UAUAAAGGGAUUGCAGUGGUUCUUGAAAAAUGCUCUGGUGUUGGUAGACGGGAGCGGCAUACUGGACAAGUUUUAUUUAGAGCAGCCUACCAAAACAGAGGUAUAGGGAGUAGGCUACACCGGGAACAUCUUUAUUCUUGAUGUCACUUUUAAGCGAGAGGUAGGAAAAGGCAGGAAUGGCAGACAUUCGGAAGAAACUUGUCGUGGUGGGGGACGGGGCAGGUGGGAAAACAUGUCUACUGAUUGUAUUCAGCAAAGACGAAUUUCCUGAGGUGUAUGUUCCGACUGUAUUUGAGACAUAUGUUGCGGACAUAGAGGUGGAAAACAAGCAAGUCCAGCUAGCUUUGUGGGACACAGCCGGGCAGGAGGACUACGACCGGCUGCGCCCCCUCUCCUAUCCGGACACCGAUGUCAUUCUGAUGUGCUUCUCCGUGGACAGCCCGGACUCGUUGGAAAACAUCCCUGAAAAAUGGGUCCCUGAAGUCAAACACUUUUGUCCGAAUGUACCUAUUAUAUUAGUGGCCAACAAGAAAGAUCUGCGCAAUGAUGAAAACGUAAAGAACGAGCUGUCCCGGUUGAAGCUGGAGCCCGUGAAAACAGAGGAUGGCCGGGCCAUGGCCAUGCGCAUUGGUGCAUAUGCCUAUUUGGAGUGCUCUGCCAAAACCAAGGAAGGGAUCUGGGAGGUAUUCGAAACUGCAACACGGGCAGCCUUACAAAAACGGAAAACACCAUCAGAAAGUUGUCUUAAAUGCUGUGUUUUGAUGUGAAUCGACGCUAUCUGGAGAACCUUGACGCGCAGAUACGCUUCCGCCGCUGGGAUCUGUGUCUGAACAUGCAGGCCUACGGGCAAGGACCAUGGCUUGAAUACGCCCUUGUAUUCAGACAACCUUGGUUAUACUGAAACAAAUGACUGCAAACAAGUUAUUUUGAACACAUUCGUUGAUCAUCUGAUGUGUGUGUGUGAGAGAGAGAGAGAAAGUGUGUGAAAUGCACUGGUUACUGCAUGUUUUUUGUGCGUCACAUGAUCCCAGUCUGGCCGGUGGAGACAAAAAACAAAUCUGGAAGUGAACGCCUUAUUCCCUAGUUUUCCAACGUGGACAUGUCCUUUCCAAAGGCCCGCUUUCGAGCCAAGGUUUAAAGUGCUCACUUUUUUGUGUUUCGACGUGUUUGCAUAUAGGCAUAGCCUUACUGCCAAAGUUACAAUAAGCGAAGCAGUACAAAAAUUGCACUCGUUAUUUAUGUCCACUUUGUAUUUACAAUACAAUGACUGUAUUUAGUUUGUGAAAUUGCACAGCAUCCGCACUACAAUUCACAGAAAGCUUUGAUAGAAGUUCGAGUCAGUGCAAGGAUGCCCAUGGUGUUCGGUAGCGUAGCCUGUUUCUUCUGAUGUUUUACGCCAUUUUCAAUGAAGACAGCUUAUGUUUACGGUAAAUAAAUAAAGAAAUAAUCAGUUGUCUCAGGUUUGUUAGUUGGAGCCUCAACCAAAAAAGUAUAUUUUCGACUUCACAAUAAUAAAUGCGUAGUUUAAUAGUUUUUUUUUUAUGUAAAAGGCCUAAUCGAAGAUCCAAGAGACUAAACACAAGCCUUGAAAAGGGCUAACAAUGUAACUAUAUUCUAUAGUCUAUUUUGGUUUUCCUGGUGGCUACAAUGACUCAAUUUGGGAGGACAUUGAUGGAUUAUAAAUCAAUGAAAGAAAAAGUCACACAAACACAUUGUAGCGGCUACAUUCAAUGAUUGAAUGUAGCUUGUACUUAGGACAGCCAGCAAAGAAAGGGGGUGGGCUGUUCAACCAGUCAAAGGAGGUAAAACAGUAUCCCACCAUGUUUCUGAACUCUGAAAUCUAGGUCCUGUCUCACCUGUAGGCUGGCAUAUCUCAGCUGUCUCAACACUUCCAAGACCUGUUUGACAUUUGUCAUUAAGCUACAGCUUCAUUUCCAGUUAUGGCGGUGGCAUUGCCAAGAGAAGAUUGAGCAUUUGAGAUUGUUUAGCAUGUGAGUGCUUCACUCAGUGAAACACGUUUUUUUUUUUUUUUUUUUUUAGAAAAUGUCAUCAAAAGAAGGGCAGGCUAUGUCAGAGCUCAAUGAGCAAGAAACACACACUCAUGGCAUUAUGGGAUAGUGUGAAAAGUAAAAUGUGAUGGAAUUGUACAUUAUUAAAACCACAGUCUUAUAAUAGUUACACUAGGCAAAAAAUUAAGUGUUUAGUAGAUGUUAAAGUUUGUUUACAGCACUACAACUGAAUUAGGAACAAAAACAUCUUAAUGUCUUCCUUUAUGACUGCAUGUACCUCACAUUUAUUUGGAGCUUAAAAGUCAGCAACAUAAAUCAGUGUUUUUGAGUUUAUUUGUCAUUUAGCUCAUGUCUGAUCUCACUAGAAAUGUUGUGUUUAGUUUCGCUUACAGAUGGUGGGAGUUAUUGUUCAAAUGACAGCUAUGGUUAUCAAUUACAGACAGUGUUGCAACACUGGGAUUUCAGGGUAAAACCCUGGUGGAUUUACUAUGCACUUUAUUAUCUUUGCUUUAAACAUGUAAUUUUUCUAUGGUUCAGUAAACAAUAGCAACCAUAGUGAAGAUGAAUCUGAGUUUAAAAAGAGUAUCUUUUAUAAAUCCAGCCAGAGUCACAGUGAUGUAAAAGUCACAUUCCUCCCUGGCUUCUGUUGCUGGGCUUUUUUCUGACUUACAGGACAGGAAUGCAUUGUGCUGGACUGGUUAAUUUUCCCACACUGGCCCCCCUCAUGUGCCUCAUUUCCAAUGAUGUUAGGUUAUUAUUCAGUGAUCAGACAAAGCAGAGCAUGUUUUUCUUUAAUUUUCUUGUUGGAGAAGAAAAAUGAUGAAAAUGUGCCAAACAUGUUUGUAAGAGUGUGUCAAACUAUGACCACAGUAAUGCAAUAACAUAAUUACAUUUGAAUGGAACAAUGAAAUUUGGAAAAACAAUCCAGAAUGUAAGGGGACAAGUGGUACUGUUUAGGAAAAGCCAAUAAAAAAAUCAAUUUGUGUCACCA